UCUGUGUGUUUCUUGAUUUUUUCCCCCUCUAUAUAAUUACACUUAUUUUCUUAAUUCCCACCAUCGCCUUUUCAAUUUCUAUAGUUCACAUACUACACAUAUACGUACCAAAUAUUUAUCUUCUUUAUAUAUUUUUUUUUUCAAAUUUUACAAAAAAAAAAAAAAAAAUGUCUCCAGCAUUGGCAAAAUCAGUUGAAGAUUAUCAUAAAGGUGUGAAGUAUUUGCAUGAAAGUGGAAUUCAAAGAGUUCCAAAGAAAUACAUUUUUCCAAUUUCAGAAAGACCAAAUUCUUCUUAUACUAUUAAUGGAAAGCCAAAAAUGUCAUUGCCCAUCAUAGAUUUUUCUCAACUACAUGGUCCUAAUAGAGUUCAAGUUCUUGAUUCACUGUCCUAUGCUUGUGAAAACUAUGGAUUUUUUCAGUUGGUAAACCAUGGAAUACCAGAAGAGGUAAUAAGAAGCAUGGUGGAUGUUGGAGGAAAGUUUUUUGAUCUACCAUUAGUAGAAAGAGAAAAGUACAUGACAACAGACAUGACAACACCAGUUAGAUAUGGGACAAGUUUCAAUCAAACAAAUGAUGGUGUCUUUUGUUGGAGGGACUUUCUUAAGUUGGUUUGUGAACCUCUUCAUGAUGUUCUUCCUCAUUGGCCUUCUUCUCCCUCUGAUUUUAGGGAAAUGGCAAUUGCAUACUCAAAAGAGACAAAAAUCUUGUUUAUAAAGUUAGUGGAAGCCAUCCUAGAAAGUCUUGGCAUUAAUGUUACAACAAAAAACAAGACACAACAACAAAAUGAUGAUGUUGAAGAAAUAUUAAAAGAAUUUGAAGAUGGAAGCCAACUAAUGGCUAUCAAUUUUUAUCCACCUUGUCCUAAUCCUAAUUUGACACUUGGAAUGCCUCCUCAUUCUGAUUAUGGAUUCCUCACUUUACUUCUUCAAGAUGAAGUUGAAGGUUUACAAGUGAAGUUUAAUGGUGAUUGGGUCACUAUUCAACCUAUCCCUGGUUCUUUUGUGGUCAAUGUUGGUGACCACCUCGAGAUAUUUAGCAAUGGGAAGUACAAAAGUGUGUUACAUAGAGUUCUUGUAAAUUCUUUGAAGUCAAGAAUUUCAGUGGCUUCUUUGCAUAGUCUUCCAUUCAAUAGCAUAAUAAAACCAUCACCUAAAUUAAUUAGUGAAAAAAAUCCAAUACUUUACAGAGACACAGAUUUUGCUGCAUUUCUUGAGUAUAUAAAAUCUUGUGAUUCCACCAAUAAAAGCUUUCUUGAGACAAGGAAGUUAACAUGAAAAAAAUAGUUCGAUUUUGUCUGAAUCUUCGUUGAGGAAAAAGAAGCGGUUCAUCAGCCACUACAUAUGACAGUUGCUCAGUCUUUUUUUCAUCAGUGAUUCAUUCGUCAAUACUAGUUUGAUGAAGAAUUUUAAAAAUAGUGAAUUUCUAGUAGUGAAAGAAGAGACUAAAAAGGAAUUUGGACAAGUUUUGUGUAUUUUAACUUUUUCCAUUAGUAGUAGUAUUUUUAAUUUUUUGGAUUGGUUGGAUAAAUUAUUAUUAGAAAUUAUUGGUUUGGCAUAUAGUUCACAUCAAGUUAAUGACAUAGUUGUAUUGAGAUUAUUAUAAAUGUAUAUACAACUUUUAUUAGCUUCUUCCAA